AUUAAUAUGCGUUCGAGAGCUCGAGGCUAAAGACUAAAGCCAUGUUCACGCUCGUGUGAACCCCGUUUAACGUAGCGAUUGAGGUUUUCUCAUCAGGAUAAUUUUUUUAAGAUAACUUUCUCGAAUCAUACCUUUAUCUUUCGUUGCAUUCUCAUUGCAUACAUCUUUUUAAAAGCGCCAAAUUGGGAAUUGCAUCAAGAUUUCGCAAUUUUGCGAAAAAUGAAUCGUGAGGAGGAUGCGCGUAAAGAUGAUACGAGGCAGUUAACGAUGUUGUUAUUUGAAGCUUGGAAUUUUGGACAAUGUGACAUCGUCAUGGAGGAAGGCCAAACGGCUCGAACAAUUCCAUGGAUAAAGAAUUGUGACGAGGAUGCGCGCGAUCGCAAAGAUGGCACGAGACAGAUGCCGAUAUUGUUAUUCGAAGCUCAUCGGGGUCUCGAACAACAUGAGGAAGUAGGACGAACAACUUCACGGUACAGAGUUUCGGGCAACUUCUUGCGAUCUUCAUCCUCUUUCGCAUCCCAGUUAUUUGUAACUUCCCCGAUAGCAAAAAGAACCACGCCUGUACCUCCGAAUGCUCCUAUUAAAUUGAGGAAACCUUUUUCCAAAGCGAGAUUAAAACCUAAAAAGCUUCGCUUCGUAGAUAAAGAGAAGGAUGAAGCGAAGGAUGAAAAUUGUUCGCAAAAAAGAACUAAUUAUUCGAUAAAAAUUUUCAAACAGAAAGCAGAAUUUUCGGAGCAACAGAGCGAAUCAAGAUACAAAUUUGAUCGUGAUAGUUUAAGUGCCGUAUUGCACAAUAUGCGACUUGAAUUAGACAAAAAGGAAAAUGAAACGAAUGAACGCGAAUGCAAUGAAAAAAGAACGAGAAAUAAACGCUCCGUUGUGAAAAAAUGUGUAAAGAAUAACAAUAGUGUUUUACGAUCUUCAACAUUAAACUACAGUUCAAAAGAUAAAACUAUCGCCAUCUGCUUUAUAUCGGAAAUACCAAGAACGGAGAAAAUAGAAGAAGGUUUAAUACAAAAUAAAUAUAAUGCUGGAAGCUCCGUAUAG